GUAAAAAUAUUGAUUUAUUCAUUUUUUAACGUUUUUAAUGAUAAAUAUAAAGAAAAAAUAAAACAAAAAAUAAAUGGACCCUACAAAUUCCCUAAAAUAAUUAAUUAAUUGAAUGGAUGAUAUUAUUGAAAAAAUACAGUUAUAUAGACUACCGGAAGGAUAUUUGCCAAAAUGGAAUCUUAUUAUAUCUAUAAUUGCUUUUUUUAAUACAAUUCAAACAUAUAUUAGUUUGAAGUUAACACAACGUGUAUAUAGUGGUGCUUAUGAUCAGGUAAAUCCCUUGGGAACAAGGCUUUUUGGAACAUGGACAUUGGUUUCAGUAAUCAUAAGAUUCUAUGGAGCAUAUCAUAUGUCUAAUUCUGUGUAAAAAUAUAUGAAUAUUUUAUGAAAUAAUAUAUAUGAAUAUUUUAUGAAAUAA